AUGAGCGGCAUGCGACUGCGUGACAGUAUCCGCGCGCCGCAGCGAUAUGGCGAAGACGAAUACGAAACACCAUCACGGAUCUCGCUGCGCCACGGAUACGAUGACUCCUUUGACGACUCCAUGGAGCUUGGGGAAUCAGGCAGACCGCGCCCACAAAAGAGGCGCAGGCUCAACACUGUGCCAUUCAACCCCAAUCUCCCACCAGCUGCGUUUCCAAGUUUGAGCAGACCACAGCCAGGUCGUGACUCCACCACCUCCGCGCAAAAUCGCGGUGAUGGUGACAGCCAACGGAACAUGCAGGGCAGCCAAGUUGCGCCUGAUCUCCACGGUGAUGGGUCAACGACAGCCGGUCCAUUGCCUCCAUCUGGGAUGGACGGAGUCCCGAUCAAUCAGUUGGAGAAUCACCUCGUCAGUAACAACAUGGACAAUCCGGUGUACGCGAGGAACAUUAAAGUGGCGCGCAUGACUGGUAUGAAUGCAGCUCUGAGUUCUGAGGAUAUGAACACUUCCACGGAUAGUGACGAUGAUGAACUGCCAGAUGCGACUCAGGUGCUCAUUGAUGCGAUCCCCAACCCGAAAUGGAAAGAUCUGCACAAGGCUAUGCAAGUCGAAAUCGUCGAAAACACAAUGAGAUACCAUAGCUGGAGACGUGUUUGCGACCUUCUUGAACUUGGGCCAGACGAUCGAAAACAGCUCAUGGAGGUCAUAAGCAUCCGCAACAAGCAAAUCCACCGGGAGAACAAGCGACUGGAGGAAAUGCGGCGCAAACAGCGCAAGGUACUCGUGGAGAUUGAUAACAGCAAACUGAAGCGUUUCAAGCCGCCACCUCAGCUAGUGCUAAAGAGGAUCGCUCGAGAUACCAACCGGAACCUGGUGUUCACCAAGUACACCGACCUGUUGAUGUGCCAAGCUCAUGAGGUCCUAAAAGCCAGACAGUACUUGCAUCAACACGGGCUACCUCGAAGAUAUGCUGGCGAUUGGGGAGACCACCUGGUGGUGCUGCGAGAAUCCGAGAACUCCCACGAACCCGACAAGUUUGAAUGGAAAGAGAACCUGAGAGUCACUCCGCCUCCCAAUGAGAUGGAGACCCCAAUCGAUUCUGUUAAGGACGAAACCAGUAGUGUCAAGAGCACAUUCAUUCAAAGCAUUGGUACGAACGGCACAAUGAACCCAAAGGAUUUAUUUCGACGCAACACCGAUCCGGAUCCCAUAGUGGACUGGGGAAAGUAUUAUGAACGGAACCCAGACUUGUCGUGGGACACCACAAAGCCCCGACUCGGUAGAAUGGUCAAGGUGAACGUCGGUCCACGCAACGCCGCGCAGAUCCAACCAUACAAGCAAGCCGGUCUCACACCCCAAGGAUUAUCCUCUCAGACACAAGGGACCACCAUGACAGAGUCACUUCUGCCGGAGUUUCCACCAGAAACGCCGUCUAAGGGACCACGGAAUGGGGGUAUGACCCAGCCCGUUUUCAAGAAACCUGCCAGACCUUUCAGCAGAGUCCUCACUGGAAACUGGUCUCCGGCAGGUUCCAACCCAUCAGACAGCCAUUUCAAGUAUCAAAGAAACAUACAAGAGGCCAAGCUUGAGAGAGUAGAGGCUGAGGCUGAGGCAAUGCGCCGUCGGUACAACUACCAGCCAAACCUUCGGGUUAAUGGUGUUGGUGUUGGAAUCAGUCCCGCACGUGGAAAACUUCAGUCUCUUCCCAUGACCCAGCCAGUUGAAGAAAACAUGCCUUCGAAUUUCUUCGCCCGCGCGUACCGUGGAAUGACAAAGAUGAGUGUUGACCGCCUCAUGGAUGAAUUCGUCUGCUUCGAGCCUAUUAUGAUGCCCGAAGAAAGCGAGCCCGAGCAGCACGAGGAAGAACAGCCUGAUGAGCAACCGAGUUCCACUGAUAUCAGUUCGAUCACGGAGAUAUCCAUGGAUGAUGUGAUGCUGGUGCCGACAGACGCUUCGUCCUCUUCGCAGUAG